AUGCCAGCGUACAAUAUUGUCGUCUUUGCUGGCGACUAUGCAGGUCCCGAGGUGACCAAAGAGGCUGUAAAGGUCCUCAAGGUGGUAGAGAAGUGCUCCAAGGAUGUCCAGUUCAAUUUCCAAGACCAUCUGCUGGGAGGGUGCUCGAUUGACGCCCAUGGUACACCCCUGACGGACGAGGCCCUGAAUGCUGCCAAAUCCGCCCACGCUGUCCUCCUCGGCGCAAUCGGCGGUCCCAAGUAUGGCGUGGGCAAGGUCCGCCCUGAGCAGGGUCUCCUCAAACUCCGCAAGGAGAUGGGCACCUUUGGCAAUCUACGACCUUGCUUCUUCGCCUCUCCCAGCCUCGCCUCGCGUUCGCCGCUCAAAGAAGAGGUCUGCCGGGGAACCGACUUCAUGAUCGUCCGCGAGUUGACCGGCGGUAUCUACUUCGGCGAGCGCGUCGAAGGGAAACCCGAGGACGGCGAGAACGAGUGGGCCGAGGACCGCGAACCGUACUCGAGAAAGGAGAUCGAGCGCAUCACGCGACUGGGAGCCUACCUCGCCCUGGCAAAGAACCCUCCCUCCAAGGUCUGGAGUCUCGACAAGGCCAAUGUCCUGGCCACAUCUCGCCUGUGGCGCCGGGUAUUUACAGAGACAAUGCAGAAGGAGUUCCCGCAGCUCGAAUUCGAACACCAACUCAUCGACUCGGCCGCCAUGAUCAUGGUGAAGAACCCCCGCGCCCUGAACGGCGUCAUCGUCACGUCGAACUUGUUCGGCGACAUCAUCUCUGACGAAGCCUCCGUCAUCCCCGGCAGCCUCGGCUUGCUCCCCAGCGCCAGUCUCAGCGGCAUUCCGGACGGGCAGGGACUGUGCAACGGCAUCUACGAGCCCAUCCAUGGCUCCGCGCCGGACAUCGCCGGAAAAGGCGUCAUCAACCCCGUCGCGGCCAUCCUGAGCGUCGCAAUGAUGUUGUUGUACAGUCUGAACAUGCCCCGGGAGAGCGUACUCGUGGAACAGGCCGUGAAGAUUGUCAUCGAGAAGGGCAUCGUCACCAAAGACAUUGGCGGAGAAAACACGACCGUCGAAGUCGGCGAUGCGGUGGCGAGAGAGCUGGAGAGCCUGUUCAAAGAUGUGUGA